AACCCUAUCUUUGUGUACACAAUAAUUUCAUGUAACACUAUACAUCUUAGGAAUGUUUUUGGAUUAUCUUAUAAUACCUAUUUAUAUGGUAUAUACACUUAUGAAAUAUGUACUAGCGGAUAGAAGAAAAUUGACUUGACAGAGAAACUAAAAUUAUGUACUUAAAACAUAUAUAUUCUAACAAGCAUGAUAACCACUGAUUAAUAAUGGCUGUCCCCGGUAAAAAGACAUCUCAGAAAUUCACAUCUACACUAUUUCAAGGUGGUGCUGAAGAUUUUGACAUUUAUUGUGAAAUAUGUGAUAGAGAUGAUAUCAGGCUUCCUGCCUUUGGUUACUGUGUAGAUUGUGAGGAACACUUAUGUUCAUCUUGUUUCAACACUCACAGACGACCAAAACCACUACGUCAUCACCAACUUUUAGAUAAAGAUCACAUGCCAAAACAACAAAAACUCCAUGGAUCAUCAAAAUCUACUUCCAGUCCACAGAUUGGUGAUUUUACAAAGCCUUGUAGUAAACACACCAAGGAAGUGAUUAAAUUCUACUGUCAUGACCAUAAUGCUCUUAUAUGUAGUGUUUGUGUGACCCUUGAACACACACCAACAUCCUGCCAUGUGGACUACAUACCUGAUAUAUCAGGACAGAUUUUAGACAGCACCGAGUUCAAGGAAACUCUGAAAGAUAUUGAUAAAUUGACAAACAAAUGCUCCCAGAUUACAAGUGACCUGAAACAAAGAGUUGCUAAAUCAACAACUUCUCUUAAAGAUGCUAUAGCAGAAAUUGACAAUUUCAGAAAAGAGAUAAACAAGAGAUUAGAUGAACUAGAAAAGGAGGUUAAAGAUACUGCUACAACAAUCCAACAUGACAACAACAAAAAGUUGAAAACAACAGAAACAACAUGUGAUGACAUCAACAAAUCACUUCAAGCAUCAGCUGAUACUCUGAAACAUCUCAAUUCAAACAAGAAAACUGACCAACUGUUUACUGAACUUAAGAAGGCACAGCAACUGAUUCAAGAUGAUAACAAUCUAGUAUCACAACUACCAACAAUCAAUGAUAUUGAUGAUUAUAUCUUUGAACCAAAUCAAGCUAUCAAGAAAUUCUUUCAAGAUCAGAAAUCAUUAGGAACAUUGAGCAGUAAGAAAAAGAAACAGCCAGCUGAACAAAAGAAUCAAUGUGCAGAAGCAAUGAAGUUGUCUACUCCUAUAAAAAUCAAUGCUAAAUCAUCCUCAGAUAAAAGUAAUUGUAAGAUUUCUGGUAUAGCUGUUUCUCCUCAAAAUCAAAUAUUUGCAGUGGAUUUCAAUAAUCAAUCUAUUAAAAUGAUAGACAUCAAUAGUGGAACAAUCAAACAAGUUAAGCUUAUCUCAGGACCCUCUGAUGUCACCAUGGUCACCACAGAAUCACUUGCUGUUGCAUUACCAUACAGUGAAACAAUACAGUUCAUUUCAUUCUCCCCAUACUCACUCUCACUGAAGAACAAACUGAAGGUAGAUGGAGAGUGUUAUGGUAUCAGUCAUCAUCAGGGAAAACUUGCAGUCACAUUUCUAAAACCUAUUAAACUACAAAUCAUGGACUUGAAAGGUAAUACUGAAAUUACUGUUGAUAAAGAUUCCAAUGGUUGCAAUAUAUUCAGUCAUCCUGGGUAUGUUACAACAAACAGUCAUUCAAUCUAUGUAUCUGACUAUUACAAACCUGCAGUUCUACGAUUUAACUGGCAAGGAGAGAUGAUAGGAUUAGUAGGAAUUAAAGGACUAAUGGGUAUAAACCUGUUAGAUGAUGGGUCACUCUUAGUGAAUAGUAACAAAAGUCAUUGUAUAUAUAGAGUAAGAGGUGAUUUGAAAGACACUAAAACUAUACUGGAGGAUGUAGAUAGUCCUUUUGCUGCAUGUUGGUGCGCUGAAACUAGUACACUUUGUGUUAGUAGAUUGAAGGAGGAUAGUGAUGAUAAAUAUAUCAGAUUGUAUAAAAUGAUGUAAAAGAUAUGAUAUGACAUGUCAUGACACUAAAAAUUGUAUAAGUGCAUCAGAUCAUCAUCAUUCAUUCAACUUAUUCAUCUUAUUAAAGAAAUUAUUGUAACAUUAUGAUAUCACAUAUAACUUAAGUUUUGUAGUUCUAUGGAUGUACAGAUGUUUUAUUUUUUACAAAAUAAAUAAGAUGUUUUAUUGAUAUAUCUGUUGUGAAAUUGUGGAAAAAUAAAAGCAGAAUACAGUAAUGCAUAAUUCGUAAUACAUAAUGCUUGACAAUAAAUUGCUCAAAAUACAUAACACUUAAAAUGUAGAUAUAAUAUAUCAAUUCUGCAACUUUGCAGACAAAACAAUUUUUAUUUUACAUCAUUUAACAGAAAAUGUAAAGGUGAAGAUAAUUGCUUCAUUGAUCAAUUUUUAGAAUUUUAUGUGAUAUAAAAGAUAAUUUUAUUUUUUAUUGGCAUAUUGAUUCACAGUAGUAAAAUAAAGAUUGCUGUAAUAUUAAUAUUGUAAAUGUGUAUACAAAGAAAAAUGUAGCA